CUUCUUUAUCUUCCUUCCCAUUCCCUUCAAAAUCUCACUCUCUCUUUCUUCACUCUCAUUUCCACACUCACCCUUUCCUGAUUUCUCGCUGGAUUCCACCGCUCCAUCUCCCGCUCCACCACCUACCACCACCAUCAUGGAACGAUGCAUAGAAGAUCUAACAGACGAUCUUGACAAUCUAAGCAUCACCUCCACCGCCACCACAACAACUACCACCACAGCUCAAGAAACUAAGCAUAGUACAAGUUCUGGUUCUGAAACCACUUGGACUAACUCUAACCACCUGUCAACCUCCUCUAAACCUCACCACGCGCCACCAUGUGAUUCAUGCUGGCGCGCAAUCCUACGUUCCAACUGCGACAACUCAACAUUAACCCUAGCUGACCUCCGGUUUGUUCACCGGUUAGGAAGCGGUGACCUAGGGAGUGUGUAUCUUGUAGAGCUUAAGGAAGGCAAUGGAUGCUUAUUUGCUGCUAAAGUUAUGGACAGAAAAGAAAUGGCUUCGAGGAAUAAAGAAAGUAGGGCAAGGAUAGAGAGGGAAAUAUUGGAAUUGUUGGAACAUCCAUUUUUGCCAACUUUAUAUGCCACGUUAGAUUCUCCUAGAUGGUCUUGUUUGUUAACGGAGUUUUGUCCCGGUGGUGACCUCCACGUUCUCCGGCAACGGCAACCCGACAAACGUUUCGAUGAGGCAGCUGUCCGGUUUUAUGCAUCAGAAGUUGUAGCUGCCUUGGAAUAUCUACACAUGAUGGGUAUUAUAUAUCGCGAUCUCAAGCCAGAAAAUGUUCUUGUAAGAUCGGACGGUCACAUCAUGCUUACAGAUUUUGAUCUCUCCUUAAAAGAUGACAGUACUACAUCAACGGCUCAGAUUGUUUCUGAUCAAAACCAACCAGCUACAAACUCAAUAAAUGACUACUACCCUCCUGACCCACCUCAAUCUGCCACAUCAUCAUGCAUUAUACCCAAUUGCAUUGUGCCAGCUGUCUCAUGCUUCCACCCAAUCCGUAGACGCAAAAGAAAAUCCAAUCAGCGUGGGAUCCUGGAGAUAGUGGCGGAGCCAAUAGAUGUUCGAUCAAUGUCAUUCGUUGGGACCCACGAGUACUUGGCACCGGAGAUCGUCUCCGGCGAGGGACAUGGUAGUGCAGUGGAUUGGUGGACCUUAGGCAUAUUCAUAUUUGAAUUAUUGUAUGGCAUUACUCCAUUUAAAGGGAUUGAUCAUGAGCUAACCCUAGCUAAUAUUAUGGCUCGAGCCCUUGAAUUUCCAAAGGAGCCGCCGGUUCCGGCAUCAGCUAAGGAUUUGAUCACACAACUUCUGGUCAAGGAUCCGGGGAGACGAUUAGGAUCAACAAUGGGGGCAACUGCAAUCAAACAUCAUCAAUUUUUUAAUGGAACUAAUUGGGCAUUAUUAAGAUGUAGAAAGCCACCUUAUGUUCCUCGAGCAGUAACUCGUCCAGGCUUUAUAAAAGAAAAUACUAGUAAUAAUUCCAUAGAAUAUUACUAGUAAAAACUUAGAAGAAAUUUAUUUAUUAUUUUUUUAAAAUUUUUUGUGGAUGAAAAAAUGUGAGUUAUAGCAAAGAGGAAAAUUUAAUUACAUUGUUUUAAUUUAGGGUUCAUAGACAAAACAAAAUUCUUGCUUGAAAUAUUUAAAUAAAAUUACUUUUGCAUUUAGAAAAAGAAUAUAUUAUUUUUAGGGUUUUCCUUUAGUUUUUAAUCGGACGAAGGCUCG